AUGGGCAGGAUUGGCAAGGAAGUGGCAGGACAGGUCAUAAGCUUCAUAGGCCUUGUUGGGGUAUCGGUGACCUGUGGGGUCCCCAUGUGGAGAGUGACCAGCUUCAUUGGAGCCAACAUCGUGACAGGUCAGACCAUCUGGGACGGCCUGUGGAUGAACUGUGUUAUGCAGAGCACCGGGCAGAUGCAGUGCAAGAUUAAUGACUCUGUUAUGAGGCUAUCCAAUGAUCUGCAAGCCGCCCGAGCCCUGGUCAUCAUCUCCCUCAUCUUCGGCUUCAUCGGCUUCAUAGUCACCUUCAUUGGAGCCAAGUGCACCGGCUGCCUGGACAAAGAUUCAUCAAAGGCCAAGGUGGUGAUCAUAGGCGGCUGUCUCUUCAUUGUUUCCGCCAUCCUGGUCCUGAUCCCCGUCUGCUGGUCUGCAGCCAUCACCAUCGCAGACUUCCGGAGCGUCUUGACAAUCGAGACACAGAAGAGGGAACUUGGAGCCUCAAUCUACAUCGGCUGGGCCUCUGCUGCUAUUCUUCUGAUCGGUGGGAUCAUCCUAACCACGUCCUGCCCUCCUCAAAAAAACAUGUAUGGAUACCCAGGCUACCCACCGGCUCAAAUGUAUCCUUACCCAGGCCCUGUGGCCAACCCGGCAGCAUAUGGCCCUGUGUAUGCUCCCCCAUCCAGCCGCCCAUACACAGGCACAGGGACAUACGCACCUAGCAAACCUUAUACAGCACCAACCACAUACUCUGCUAGACAAUACCUCUAA